AUGGCAUCCCGUGUGUUUCUUCGUUCGUUGGCUUCAAGUGCCAAGUCAAUUAAGCCACCAGUUGAAUUAUUUGGAUUGGACGGUACCUACGCAAAUGCAUUGUACGCAGCAUCUGUGCAAGAUUCAUCAGUCCCGAAGGCAUUUGAAGGAUUGAGCAAGAUCAAUAACCUUUUGGAUACUGACGUUAAGGUUGGUGGUAUUAUUCUGAACCCAUCCUUAUCCAAAGAAGACAGAGCCGAAGUAGUCAAAAUCAUCUCUUCUAAUUUGAAACUUGACAAGACGGUUACUAAUUUCUUGAGUGUACUUUCCGACAACAAUAGAUUAAGUAACUUUAAAUCAAUUUACCAAAAGUUUGGUUUAUUGAAUGACGCAGAGCAAGGUGUUGUCGAAGCUAAGGUCACAUCUGCCAAACCAUUAGAUUCAAAGAUUUUGAAGAGAUUACAAACUGCCAUCGGUAAAUCACACUUUGUUGGUGAUGGCAAGUCCUUAAAAUUGACCAACGAUGUCGAUGAAGAGCUUUUGGGUGGAUUAGUUGUUGAAGUUGGUGAUAGAACUGUUGAUUUGUCAAUUUCAUCUAGGAUUGCGAAAUUAAACCAAUCAUUAACCGAAUCAUUGUAA